AUGUCUAAUGUGCAUCUCUAACAUGGCGUAGUACGAAAUUUAUAUCCCUUCUGGAAGUUUCUUAAUAUUAAAAGCAUGGAGAGACCCCACUCCAAAGAGGGAUUGUCCCUUCCAGCUAUUGCCAAUAACAGCAACUUAGACGAAAGGUUUAGUCGUAUGGAAAAUUUAGAGGAUCGUUUGGCUGUUCAGGAAAGGACUACAAGAUCCCUCGUAGACAGAGCGCUUUCGGUGAAAGAAGAUAUUAUUGAAAGCUUGAGUAUCGCUCAGAUGAGCUGGCAAGGCGAGAAAAGAGCCAGGAGCUUGCUGCAAGAGCAUAUACGAACAAUAACUACUGUGGUGAAAAGACUGAGUAAGGAAAUUGAAACUUUGGAAGGCGAGAUCAGGUCGAAGCAAAGUCUAGUGGAAGGGCAAAGUACUGCUGUAAAAAACUUAGAGCUUCACCAUGUCGCCGGUGUCACGGAUUUGAGAGGACGUGUUGCUAGAUGUGAUGCGGCAAUUCAGAGGCUGGUAUCGGAUAUGAGAAGUAACAACGAGGUUAUAAGCGACUUCAAGCUAAAGCAAGAACAGGCAGUCAAAGAUUGUCGGGAACAAAUAAGCUCUUUAGAGAAGGGGAUUAACAACUUGACGCUUAAAAUGGAAAAAUAUAUCAUGGACCAGUCAAACAAUCUCGAAAAGUUGAAAGGGGAGUCCGAUCAACGCGUUGUACAUCUUGACUCUAAGACAAAAACAGUCGUUGAGGAUAUCCGAGGUAGUAUUUCUUCAAAUCGCUUGUGGGCCGAAUCGGAAUAUUUUAAACUGACGCAAGAUUUUCAAACCAGGUUGGAAAGGUUUGAAGGUCUUAUGGUUGAACGUCAGGAAAAACUAGAGAGAAGGGUUGACCAUUACCUGGCAAAAGUAGAUCGACUUCUGGAAGAUGAAAAGAGCAAAUAUUACAAUAUCUGGGAGGUGAGACUGAAAGAAGUGAGGUCAGAACAGGAAAGGAAUCUCCAACUGUCCUUGACUCAAAUGAGAGAUGAAUAUAGAAAGGGAUUUAACAAUGUUCAUGAAAGUAUUUCAAGCCUUCAAAAAGUGUUUCAUGCAAAAUUGAAAUUGCUGGAAGAUGAUUUGCGCAAGGCUAUUAAUAAUGUCUUAAGAAUGGUAGUUCUUGUUUGACAAGUGUUCACUGUCUAAUAAUGAGGUAGAGGGUCUAUUGGGGCCAGUGGACUUCUGCCUUGAGUAGAGUUGACUCUUUGAAGGAGGUAUUUCAUAAUUAUGGCUUAUUGAAAGGUAUCAAAACCAAACCCUAAAAAUUAUACCAACCCAAUUACACAUCCCCAUAUUGGACAAGUGUGUCCUCCCCAUGCCCUCCCCUGUGAGAAACAUGUUAUCAGUGGUGGCCAAGAAGUUUGGUUGAGUCUGAACUUUAUAUAUUUUAAGAUGAACACUGUACUACCACAUCAGUCAGAAAGGGAAGCAUUUUGUAACUUUUGAUUGAUUGUGAAUAUUUUUGUUAGAAGUACAACUACUUUAUUAAAAGAUUGUGCUCAUUAAGUACAUAUGAUUUAUCUUUAUAAAUUCCACAAAGUAGAUUAUUCUUGCAUUGUCACAUUUUGUUUAAUAAGGGCCCAAUUGGAAAACAAUUUUUUUGUAAAAUAACUAAGAUACUGUAAGUGCCCUGAUGGGUCAAAAACCUUUUGAUAAUUUCACUGGUAGAAAAUUGAAGUUAAUUGUACAAAAGGAUUGAACCCAACUUUCUAUCAGUUUAGUGGCAUAAUAACCAACUUGGGAUGUUGAGAGAACACUAAAUAAGUUUUUAACUCUUGAGCAAGAGGUAAGUGAUAUGCAAACUUUUUGAGUGUUUUCCCAACAUCCCACACGACUUAAUAUACCAGUGAGCUGAUGGGAAGUGUGCUCUAUUGCUCAAAUAAUUAAUAGCUAGUAAGAGACAUAUUCCCUUAUGUCAUAAAUGUCUGCUAGCACCUACUGCUGGAAAAAAUUCUUAUUAUUCUUUUCACUUUAAGAGCAUCAGACAUCUAGCCAUUAGUUUCAAGUCAUGAUUUCAAUUCCAAUAGAGGACCAAGAUUGUAUACUCAAUUACCAAAGUUAAUUGCUUUCACAUUUAAAAACCAAUUUUCUGUUGUAGUGAUGAACCCAUAGCUAUUCCCUUAGAGAAACAAUAAAUGACAAUGAACAUAAUGGGAAUUUAUUAGGGGACUUUUCCACAAGGUGUCUCUUCUUUUUAACUGUUUUUACAUCAAAUUGUAAUUUAGCAUCUUAUUGACUCAGACAUGAUGUUGGCAUUAAAAAUUAAAAGGUAUUAAAUC